AUGGCCGACGGAGGACCGAUCCAACUUAGGCUGAGGGGUAGCCCGCAAGAGAUUGGUCUUGAACAUGGGCGGGCAUUGCGGGACCAGAUCCGCAGUCAAAUCAGCAUCUACGAAGAGAUGUUCGAAUACACCUCCAAGCUAUCCUGGCAGGCGGUCCGCGAAGUCGCUAAGGAGUUUCAGCCUGUGCUCCAAAAACUGACUCCCCAUCUCUUUGCGGAGAUGGAAGGUAUCGCCGAGGGAGCGGAGCUCGAUGUACUCGAUAUCGUGGCGCUUAACUGUCGCAGCGAGAUUGCCCUGGGCAAGUUCUCCGACGGAUGUACGACAUUAUGCUGGAAGAAGAGUGACAAUGCUCGCGUACUAUCUCAGAACUGGGACUGGACGGCGCGAGUGAAGAAGAAUCUGGCUAUGGUCUCCAUCGAGCAGCCGGGAAAGCCGACGAUAUACAUGAUCACCGAGGCAGGAAUUGUUGGCAAGAUUGGAUUCAAUUCCGCCACCGUGGGGACCUGCCUGAAUGCCAUUCGUGCCAACCCGAUGAUCAGCAGCAAGCUCCCCAUCCACGUCGCUCUUCGACUAUGUCUGGAGAGUACCUCUGUUGCCAACGCUGUGAACACCCUCGAGACGCUGGGCGGUGUUGCGUCUGCCCAGCACAUUCUGGUCGCCGACAGCACCACGGCAUUGGGGCUCGAGUUAUCGCCAGUGGGCGACAAACAUAUCCCUGAAGACGCAUCUGGGCUGAUUGGCCACACCAACCACUUCAUUGAGAACCGAUUUGUGGAGGAGCCGCCGUGGCUGUCGGGCUCUCCCAUCCGCCUGAAGCGAUUGGGACAAUUGACCUCGGAGCUGAUCGCGAGUGGGGUGAAGGGCGAUGCCAUUACGCCUUCCUUGCUGCGGGAACGGAUCUUCUCCGACACUUUUAAUGCCCCGCAGGCAAUCUGCUGCCGCGAGGACGAGUCUCGUCACAUCUCGACGCGCAGUAGCUCACUGUUCAACAUUAUCAUGAAUCUGGACCCACAGAAUCUCGGCGCGGAGGUCGUCUGGGGUCGACUGGGCUCUGGAGAAGAAGGCCCUGUCUUGAAAAUGCCCUGGUAA